AUGAAAGGGUCUGAUUUAUCUGAAUAUGACAUCAUUCAAACUGCUAUGACUAAACAUAUUCAGAAACAUGAUCCCGGCCAAACCGCAUGGGAAAUCAGUCAACUCACCUUCGGUCCGUCUGAACCUGCCAUUACCUUUAUCGGUCGAGUGAGGCGCCUAGUUAGAAAUCUCCCUCCCGAUAUGACCCCACUUCUCGAUACACUUAUUAAGAACAGUAUUCUCGCUGCUUUAAAAGGUCCUUACGAACCAACUAAAAACCAUUUCCGAAAUCUCACAGCUCCUUACACUAUUGAUGACAUGUUACACCGGAUCCAAACAACAUAUGACAUAUCUCAUACUGAUCAACAACCCAGAACCUCGUCCUAUCAAUUCCAUCGGAACACCUAUACUACUAAUGUCCAUAGUACCACUUGCUAUAAGUGCAACAGGCCAGGAUAUUAUGCCGCAAAUUGUCCCAACAUGAAAUCACAAACCCGUCCCCCACGAACUACUACCAAACGAAACACUACCUUCCGAGGCUCUUCUCGACGCACUACUAACAACGUAUCAUUUACUACAGAGUCAUCCGCACAGGACCCAGAGCAGGCCUUCCCGGAUGACUAUUAUCUUAGGCACCCUCCACUACCACCAAUAGACACAUCCAAACAUUUCCUAAUCGACUCAGGUGCCGCUCUCACAGUUGUAAACAACAAGAACUUACUACACAACCCUCAUCCGUCGUCCACCAAAAUCUCCAUAGCAUCUAGUGCUAACCAUGAUAUCCCCUUCACCCUUGAAGGGACCAUUCUGCUACGUCUGUCCGACAAUUCCACUAUUGAAAUCCCUGCCUUUUACGCUCCUACUAUAACCAAUAAUCUGCUAAGUACCCAUGACCUUGAACAACACGGUUUAUUUUUAGACACCCGUCUAAACAUAUUAUAUGCUGCUAACGGUUCUUCCAAAGCUAAUGUUAUUACCCACAAUGCCUUCCGAUGGUUACCUUUCCGGUACGCUAUAUUUCCCUCUACGGUUCCUUCCACAACUAUCAACUCGCUGCUCACAAAAUAUCCACUUGAUCUAAUUCAUCGUCUCCUAGGACACAUAAACGUCCAAUCCCUAUACAAAUCCAUAAAAAACAAAACGUUCCAACAUAUCGAGCUAUCCGACAUCGAUUGGUCCAACCUUGCACAGUUCCAAUGUGUCGACUGUCUGCAGGGCAAAAGUCGUCAACACUCACAUGUAGUUGGUUCCAGAGUUAAACAUCAAGAAAAAUAUACAAAAUUUGAAUAUCUACACUCCGAUUUGCUAGGUCCCAUUACAUCUACAAGUACACAAACCAAAUCGUGGUUUAUCUCUUUCACAGAUGAAGCCACCAGAUACCGCUGGGUAUACCGACUAACCGACAAACGGGAUACUACCAUUUUACAUAAUUUAAAAUCACUCAUUAGUCUUAUUCGGAAUCAAUUCAAAAGCAAUGUCCUCGCGUUUCAAUUUGACCGUGGAAGCGAAUUCACAAAUACAGCCGUCCGAUUUUACCUGGCCGAAAGUGGCAUAUCCACUUUCUACACAUCCGUCGGCGAUCACCAAGCCCAUGGCAUCGCCGAACGACUAAACCUUACCCUUAUGAACGAUUGUCGAACACUUUUAAAAACCACUAAUCUACCUCAUCAUUUAUGGUUCUAUGCCGUCCAGUUUGCGACUCUGUUACGGAAUUCAGUCUACAACGACACAAUCCAAUCUUCCGCGCGUGCUAAAGCUAAUCUUCCCGGUAUUGAUGUGAAAACCAUACUUCCAUUUGGACAACCUGUAAUCGCCCAUUUUACCAAGCUUAAAACAAAACUAAAAUAUCGUGGUGAACAAGGCUUUGCUCUUGUUCCCUCUUCCACUUCCUAUGGCUACAACAUCUAUAUCCCCAAAACUGGUAAAGUAAUUGAUACAACAAAUUACGCUGUAAUUCGUUCUACCGUUCAUAUAAACCCCAACCAAGACUACGAUGACACCAUCUUUGAUGACGUUAUCAACCAACUCACAGACGCUGAUGAACAUACCACUGUCCACGACUCCGAUGAAAUGCUUUAUCCCACACAAGACAAUUCUGAAACAAUUACUACUGCUGCUACCCAAACUCCCCUUGAUCCAUUUUUAAUUCCCACAACCACAGAUUCCAGUAGGGUGGUAUAUAUUCCACAUACUACACCCACGGUCGAUCCCUAUGAAACAGACAUUGAACCCGAAGAAACUAAAGAUCCCAUGAAUGAACUAGAUACCAAUGACACACAAGGAUCUCCAUUAUUAUCGCGUCAUCAAAGAUGGUGUCAUCGUAGUCUUGGUUGGGGUUUAUAUGAACGGUAG